AGGAAGCAGGAAACCUUUGCACAUCUUGAGAACUCGCCAGCCAGAGGCCUGUGAAGGAGCGCAGUGGUCAGGCAGGAGAGGCAGUCGGAUGCAGGCUGAGACCAUCCUGGAGGGUCUUGAGGCUGGCUUACCCCAGGCUGUGAGUAGUGGGCUCAGCCUAGUCCCGGCUCCUGGGUUAAUGCUCACGUGUCUCUCUGCCCACUCAGGGCCUGGAGGAAUGGCCUUAGAGCCCCCACCAACCAGGCUCAGGAAGGCAUUCCUAGCUUAGAGUACCCUCCUGGAGUCUACACUGGAAGGGGCUCCUGAGUGGGCCGCGCCACACCCCGAGGAGCAGAGGCGCAGUCCUCCCGCGUGCUCCCAGCACACUCCACCCCUACCCAGCACACCCAUGGGGCCCCCACCUUGCUCACCUGGGGGGAACCACCCACUCUGCGCCCUCUCAGGGAGAGGUGGUGGCCGCUGCUCUAUCCCCUCCCUCUCUUCCUCUUCCACCUUCUCUCUCUUCUCAUCUGGGUGCUGGAACCCAAGCGUGAAACUGAGAGUCAGAAAGUCUCAGUCUCAAGGCAGAGCGGGGCAACUAAUUUAA